UAAUGUAAAAGCCACUCACUCCACUCUCUCUCUCUCUCUCUCUCUCUACCAACAACAACAACCCUGCAAAGCAAAACCUCCAAAAGCCCUACCCUUCGCCACCCACCACCGCCGUUGACGGCGGCGCAACCAGCACUCAUUUCCUUCCAAUCUAACCAAAUCAGAAUCCCUUACAAUGGCUGCGGCGGGAGGGGCUUCUUCGGACGUGACCGAAGGACCAGUUCUCAGCCUCAUCAACAAGCGCCUCCGUGCCCUCCGCAAGAAGAACAAUCGCAUCCUCCAAUUGGAAGACUCAAUCGCUCAAGGAAAAUCCAUCCAUAAGGAACAAGAAGACUUUCUUCGCUCCAAACCCUCCGUCUCCGCCGCUAUCGACGAACUCGAGAAGCUCUGGCAACCGCUCUCCGCCGCCGUUGCCGAAGAAAUCAGCAUCGCCGUCCAGCGCCACCACCACGUCUCCGCCUCACCUGACGCCAAAGAAAAUGUGGAAAUUGAGCAGAAUGUCGCGGAGAUUGAACCUAAAGUGGACCGAGAACACACGAUGGUGGAGGAUCUUUUGAAUCUGCUCUACUUUGGGACUAUGUUCGAUGUGAAGAGUCAGAACGAUUUCACUUCGACGAUGCUGACUCGGACUCACGAGCGAGGGUGUUGUUUGACCUACGACUACGUCACCGACGAUGAAUCGGCCGAUCUGCUCGGCGAGAGGGACUUGGAUUUGAUUUCGAUGCUUGGUGGUUUGUUGAUUUCGAGGCCGGUCGAUUCGAGCCUUUCUCAUAAGAAUGCGUUGCAACAGUGUAUUGAGCACGCCAAGCAAUGGCUCGCUAACUCCGAUCAUCCAAUCGAUUCAGAUCCGAAUGUUUCUUAUGCUGGGUUGAGAGCGAAGCUCAACAAGAUUAUGGCAUCGGAUUAUUUCACCACUACGCCGGAGAUGAAAGCUACUGUUGAAAUGGCUGCUGCUGCUGCUGGAAAUUAUGCUUCUUUUCAGGUUCCAAUGCAUGGUUCUGUUGUGCCAGUACAAACCGAAGGUUCGGAUGGGCAAUAUCAGCAGGAUGAAGAUACAUCAGAUUUUCAAGGAAAUGAAACAUCAGCUUUUCAAGGAAAUGAAGCAUAUGACAAUCAGUCUGGUCCCGUGGAGGAACCUCACAAGGGUGAAUUUGAAUCAGAGAAUUCUACUGAGGUUCCAGUUGAGACAGAACAAGAAGACAAACCACAGUUCGAAGGGCUGAAUCAAAGAGAUGUGGAGUCAAAGGAGUCGCAUUUUAUCCCUCGGAGGAGCUAUCAGAACCAAAGAGGUGGCCGUGGUGGUGGCCGCAGGGGUUACCCCAAUGGUCGUGGAGCACGAGGAAGCAGCAGGGGUGGUGGUGGUGUUUACCAAAAUGGCCGCAACCAAUUUUAUGACCAGCCCGGAAGCUUUUAUCCGAGGAGCUAUUAUAACAACAGGGGAAGGGGUGGCCGAGGUGGUGGUGGUGGUGGUGGAAACUUCUACAACAAUCAUAGUUCUGGGGCACAAGCCACCCAUGCCCCGGUAGAUUCUUGACCUUGUAACUCAUUUUAGUUGUUUAUAGGGUUUCUUUUUCACUACUAGUAUUUUAGGUUGGUGUUUAUGCAUUGCAUGAAAACUUGAAUUUCUUGUGGGUUGCUGUUGAAAAUGAAUGCACAAUCCAGGACCCUUUUUGUGGUUCCAACAUCUUUCAGUUUGAAAAUGGUAACAAUAGAUUUUAAUUUAGACUAUUUUUGGAUCUUGAAUACACAUCUUGAGAAUUA